UGCUCUGAACUCAGCAGCAGCUUCAAACUUCUCCAUCAGGACCGCGGGGAGGUCGGACCUUCACACAGGCAGUUCAGUGGACGGUUUAAUCUCAGGAUUUUAUUUGCGGCUCAUGUCUGUGGAGUAGACUCCCAUCACAGACCUGUUGCUCUCAGCUGAACAAUGAGCCCGGUUUGGUGUGUUUUGCUCAUACUGCUGCGGACAGCGGAGCUCCGGACUGUCCCUACAGCUCCGGAGUCCGAGCCGAAGUCCGCGCUGACGCGGACGGAGGAUGCCGGCACGGUGGAGAUGGAGGAGUCUCCCUCCGCGGAGAGGAACUCUCUGACCCGGGUUGAAAGUUCAGGUCUUUUCAACUCCAUACGAGUCGCUCGCGGUGCCAAAAACGGGAGUUCUAUAAAAAGAGACCCACUUCCCCAGAACAGCCACGGGAACCCGCGACGGCACGACGACCCGAGCGGCUACUUCACCACACCGCGGACCUACCGCUACACCUCCGCCCCGCUCAGGAACUCCUCGUCCGGUCUCCUCAACCCGCUGUUCCCGGUCACGGACGGCUCCUACUGGGCGUACGCGGUGAUGCUGCUCGCGCUCAUCCUGUUCGCUGCAGGGAUCGUGGGGAACCUCGCGCUCAUGUGUAUCGUGUGGCACAACUUCUACCUGAAGAGCGCGUGGAACUGUAUCCUAGCCGGACUGGCUUUCUGGGAUUUCCUCGUGCUGUUCUUCUGCCUCCCCGUCGUUGUCUUUCACGAGCUGACUUUAAAGAGGUUGCUAGGAGACCUGUCAUGUCGGCUCGUGCCUUACCUGGAGGUGACCUCUCUGGGCGUGGCCACCUUCAGCCUCUGUGCUCUGAGUAUCGAUCGCUUCCACGCGGCCACCGGGCCCGUCCCACAUCAGACUCCAAAGGUGGAGCCCUGUCAGUCCAUCCUCUCCAAGCUCUGCGUCAUCUGGUUGGGCUCCAUGGUGCUGGCUGCCCCUGAGCUGCUGCUGUGGCAGCUCAUGCAGGAAACCGUCAGCCUACCGGCACUGUCCUCUGACCUACAAAACCAACCCGCAGGUUCGCUGAUGGCGGCCUUAAGAGCUCGAACUGACAAGUUUAAGGUGGAUGUUUGCGUUCGUGAGCCUUCUGAGGAGCUCCCAGAGAGCAUCUAUGCUCUGGUGCUGACCUACCACGAGGCCCGCAUGUGGUGGAUGUUUGGCUGCUACCUCUGUUUGCCUCUGCUCUUCACGCUGGCCUGCGACCUGGUGACACGGCAGGUGUUAGCCCAGCGUCUACCUCCAAAAGCCAUUAAUGACAAAGUGAUGGGUAGAUGUUCCUCCUCCUCUUCUUCCUCAUCAUCCUCAGCUAAGAAGAAGCAGCACGGGAGGGAGCAGAGGCUGCGCUCCACUGUGAUGGCGCUCACCAUCUUGUACAUCACAUGCAACCUACCACAAAGCAUUUGUGACAUCACCCUAGCAUACGUGUCCAGCCCGGUGACGGCUGCUCUACCGGCUGUGGUUCUGCCUGCGUUGGCUCUCAUGGAGCAGUUCCUGCUGUUUGUUCGUUGCUCGGCAACACCGGUGCUGUUGCUCUGUUUGUGUCGCUCUCUGGGCCAGGCCUUCAUGGACUGCUGCUGUUGCUGCUGCGAGGAGUGCCUCCCUGACAGCAACUCAUCUUCAUCUUCCUCUGCCUCAACCACCGCCACCUCCCCCCUUUCUUCACCUACGACACCUUCGCCAUCUUCCCUGUCCCCCUCCAGCAAAGACGAGGCCCUAAAGAUCAUGUUGCCUGCUGAGUCAGCAGUCUAUGACAGAGAGAAAGACUCUACAGCAGCUCUCGGGACGCCCUGCUGAGACCCAGAAUACGUUUACCUUGUUUCAGCUUCAGUGUUUUGGCCAUUUUGUCCAACAUUUCUUCCAAUAAUCAGAUCUUACCAUGUUAAAUGUCUGAGAUCUGGAAACAAACUGCUAGAAAACUGCCUAGAAACAAGGAAAGAAAUAUUGCCAGCAAACCAUUAGAUGUUUAUUUUCUUUUUUUGUUUUUUU